UUUUUUAAAAAAAAGAAUUUAUUUCAUUGUAAGAUUUUACUGUACAUGACUAUGUCCGAUAAAACUAAAUCUGUUUCUUCGGCGCCUGCUUACUGGUCUCAUAAUAAAGCGUGGAUUAAUUGGAUUGAAGAUGGUAUUUCGAAGAAACAUAUUAAGUAUUAUGACAAUAAUGGCUUUUCCAACCUUAAAGUAAUUGGUUCUGGAAGCUUCGGAAAAGUCUAUAGUGCAGAGUGGAAGAAUUUUCGUAGUAUAUUAGCAUUAAAAACUCUCACCGACUCCACAGCUGAAAAAGUUGUUGAUGAGCUUAAAAUCCAGCGCGAAGUACACUGUUAUGAUAAUAUUAUCAAGUUUUAUGGCAUUACAACAGAUAUUCGAAAUGAUAAUUCAAAGAAAUAUAUGUUGGUAAUGGAAUAUGCCGACAGUGGUACUCUUCAAGAAUAUCUAGAGAAAAAUUUUAAAAAUCUCACAUGGAGUGAUAAAUUCAAAAUGGCACAUCAAUUAGCUUACGCAGUAUUAUGUUUACAUGGCGAGAAGAUUAUUCAUCGCGACUUGCAUCCCAAAAAUGUGUUGGUCCAUCAAAAUACCAUCAAAUUGGCUGAUUUUGGAUUAUCAAAAAGGACUGAUGAAUUUGUUAAAUCAAAAUCAGCACCCGGAGUAGUUCGGUAUGUUGAUCCAAAAAAAUUCACGGUGGAUCCUAAAAAAUACUCCUUAAAUGAAAAGAGCGAUAUUUAUAGUAUUGGCAUACUUUUAUGGGUGAUAUCAAGUGGUCGGCCACCUUUCGAGGGUAAAGGCGAUUAUUUUUUAAUUGUGAAUAUUCCGAAAGGAUUUAGAGAAGAGCCUAUUUCAAAUACACCUAAGGACUAUGAAGAGAUUUAUACUGAUUGUUGGAAAUAUGAACCAAAUGAUCGUCCAGAUAUCGAAGAGGUAGUUACAAGAUUAGAAACAAUUAUUGCGAUAGAUAAAAGUACAAAUGAAUUUUAGUCAUAUGACUUUAAUGCGCCUCCUUAAAUAAAGUAAAAUAAAUAAAUAAAAUAAAAAUAAUCGUUCAAGUCAAAAAUUGUCGGAUCUAAUAAGAUAAAAAAAAUAACGCAGUACAAAGUUCGAUCUGCUGCGGUAAAUACGAUAGAGGGAAGUUAAAACUAAACGAA